GUGUUAGGGUGUUUAUGGAUAUAGAGAUACGCGCAACAAUAAAAGAAAGAAAAGGAUCUUGUCUGUAUCUGAGACUGAGUUAAUAAAGAAAUGGUGACUUGGUGAUGACGCGGAUGUCACGUACAAAACUUGUAUUGUUAUACUAUAUUUUAUCUAUAAUUUUUUUUGGUAAUCUAUACAAUAAUAAUCACAGUAACAGAUCAAAAUCCGACUGGGUCUCACUUACUUAAUCAAUCGAGUUUCCACAUACAUCAACAAACCAAAAUCAAAAUACAAACAUAAUACUGUAAUAACAAGCGUGAUAAAUAUAGUGGGUAAAAUGAGUGUAUUUGUUCGAGCAGGCAUAAGAGGAAUCAAAAUCAAGUCAAAUGUUUCACCUUCCCUCAGAUUCUCCUCAAGAUUUAUGCAUUCACUUGGAUUUGCAACGGUGAAAGCUGAAGAGAUUUCUGGGUCUAAGCCUGCUGAAGUACACAACUUGGUCCAGGGAAAAUGGAUUACAUCUGCCAAUUGGAAUACAAUCGUCGAUCCAUUAAAUGGAGAACCGUUCAUCCAAGUUUCUGAAAUAGAAGAAAGUGGAAUCAAGCCUUUUGUAGAGAGCUUAUCCAAGUGUCCCAAACAUGGCAUGCACAACCCAUUUAAAUCCCCUGAAAGAUACCUUUUGUAUGGAGACAUAUCUUCUAAAGCAGGACAUAUGCUUUCCCUGCCUGAGGUUUCGGAUUUCUUCGCCAAGUUAAUACAGAGGGUUGCUCCUAAGAGCUACCAGCAGGCACUUGGUGAAGUUUAUGUUACAGGAAAAUUUCUUGAGAACUUCUCGGGUGAUCAGGUACGUUUCCUGGCAAGGUCUUUUGGAGUUCCUGGGAAUCAUCUCGGGCAGCAGAGUCAUGGUUUCCGCUGGCCUUAUGGACCUGUGGCAGUGAUUACACCUUUUAAUUUCCCUCUGGAGAUUCCUUUACUCCAGUUGAUGGGAGCACUUUAUAUGGGAAACAAGCCUGUCCUUAAGGUUGAUAGCAAGGUAUGCAUUGUUAUGGAACAAAUGCUUCGAUUGCUGCAUGAUUGUGGCAUGCCUUUAGAUGAUGUUGAUUUCAUCAAUUCUGAUGGAAAGACAAUGAACAAGCUUCUGCUAGAGGCAAAACCACGGAUGACUCUCUUUACCGGUAGCUCCAGAGUAGCGGACAAGUUGGCGGAUGACCUCAAUGGUAGAAUCAAAUUGGAAGACGCUGGAUUUGACUGGAAAAUCCUUGGCCCUGAUGUUCAUGAGGUGGAUUAUGUUUCAUGGGUUUGCGAUCAAGAUGCAUAUGCGUGCAGUGGUCAAAAGUGCUCGGCACAGUCAAUGCUUUUUAUGCAUGAGAACUGGAGCAAAACAUCACUGUUGCGUCAACUGACUGACCUGGCUGCAAGAAGGAAGCUUGAAGACUUGACCAUUGGCCCAGUUCUUACUUUUACAACCGAAGCUAUGCUAGAUCACAUGAAGAAGCUGCUUCAAAUUCCUGGAUCCAAGAUACUCUUUGGUGGUGAAGAAUUGGAAAACCAUUCCAUUCCUAAAGUAUAUGGUGCUAUCAAACCUACAGCUGUAUUUGUUCCAAUUGAAGAAAUACUGAAAGCUGAAAACUAUGAACUUGUUACAAAAGAAAUAUUUGGCCCGUUUCAGAUUAUCACGGAGUACAAAGAUAAUCAACUCCAACUGGUGUUGGAUGCCCUUGAAAAGAUGCAUGCACAUUUAACUGCUGCCGUGGUUUCAAAUGAUCCAUUGUUUAUUCAGGAUGUUGUCGGGCAAACAGUUAAUGGAACCACUUACGUUGGACUUAGAGCAAGGACCACUGGGGCACCUCAGAAUCACUGGUUUGGACCUGCUGGAGAUCCAAGAGGAGCAGGAAUAGGAACUCCUGAAGCUAUAAAACUUGUGUGGUCGUGUCAUAGAGAGGUUAUAUACGAUGUUGGCCCGGUCCCACACAAAUGGCAACUACCACCCUCUACUUGAACUACUUUUUUCCUGGGUGAAGAAAGAUGGCAUUACAGCGGCAUUCAUUGGUGGUUAAAGUUGACUGCAGUCGACAAGUUAUUGACUUUGAGUUCUGAUUGACUCAAAUGUAAGGCCAUCGACGGCUCUCUUUGUGUAGCCAAAUGAUGAGUGAAUUAGCUAGUAACUGCGGCAUAUACUAUGACUCUUUAAGUUAAAUUUGAAUAAAUACAAGUGUUAGAAUGGUUUACUUA